UUACGGAACGGGACGCCUCUCAUGGAGAAGUGGCGGAAGUUUCAACUGAUAAUCUUCUAUACUCUAAAAGUGGACGCCUCAGCUUUACUCACUUUGUUUAAACCUAAGGAUCCAGCUGUCAUUGGCUCUCUGUGGUUCUCAGAUCAGGAAAUCAUUCCUGAUUUCGGUUAUGAUAACCCCGUUGAGCCGAUUAAGGAAGGAACAGAAGGCUUUGGUUGGUUUAUUCAAGCUUUACUACUGUUGGCGCAAGCUUAG